GGGGGAGGGCGGCCACGCAGGGGUUAAUUUUUUCGCCCGCCGACAUUUUUGUGCGGCGGCCCGCGCGCGCGGCGGGAGAGCCAGCUCGGUGUCCCGGGCGCGGCGCCUCCGGCCCUCCCUGCCCCCACCCGGCCCGCGCCCGCAGGGCCCGCGGACGCAGCCGGACCUGGGCGCCGGGCCGGGCCUGUGGGCCGCGCGCGCCUCGCGCCUUCCCCAAGCCGUGGGCCGCGCGCGCUUCCCGCCACCCUCGUCGCCGCGGGACGGCCUGAGCGGGCAUGGCCCAGCCGGCAGCGCCGUGUAGCCUCCGCCCGGCCGCCAGCCCGCCGCGCGGCGCCGCACAAAGAGCGGGGCCCGGGCCUGCUGUGCCUUUAAAGGCGGCAGCUUGAGACUUAAGGUGUCCCCGAGUGCCGUCCUCCGCGCCCGGGCCGUCUGCGCCUCGGGCCUCAUGGAGAGUACCCGGGCCCUGCGCGCACGCCGCGGUGUCCACCCCUCUGCACGUGCGGGGCCUGGGGGUAGGUGGAUCAGAAGUAAAAAAAACCAGCCAAACAGCCAAACAAGAGAGAGGGAGGGGAGGGGCUAACCUAUAAGGAGUGUGGGCCCCAGAACCAUGUCUACGCGGGAGUCCUUUAAUCCGGAAAGUUAUGAAUUGGAUAAGAGCUUCCGGCUAACCAGAUUCACUGAACUGAAGGGCACAGGCUGCAAAGUGCCCCAAGAUGUUCUACAGAAAUUGCUGGAGUCUUUACAAGAGAACCAUUUCCAAGAAGAUGAACAGUUUCUGGGAGCUGUUAUGCCAAGGCUUGGCAUCGGAAUGGAUACUUGCGUCAUUCCUUUGAGGCAUGGUGGUCUUUCCUUGGUUCAAACCACAGAUUACAUUUAUCCUAUUGUAGACGACCCUUACAUGAUGGGCAGGAUAGCAUGUGCCAAUGUCCUCAGUGACCUCUAUGCAAUGGGGGUAACAGAAUGUGACAAUAUGCUGAUGCUCCUUGGAGUCAGUAAUAAAAUGACCGACAGGGAAAGGGAUAAAGUGAUGCCCCUAAUUAUACAGGGUUUUAAGGAUGCGGCUGAGGAAGCAGGAACAUCUGUAACAGGUGGCCAAACAGUAUUAAACCCCUGGAUUGUUCUGGGAGGAGUUGCUACAACUGUCUGUCAGCCCAAUGAAUUUAUCAUGCCAGAUAAUGCAGUACCAGGGGAUGUGCUUGUGUUGACAAAACCUCUGGGGACACAAGUUGCUGUUGCUGUGCACCAGUGGCUGGAUAUUCCUGAAAAAUGGAAUAAAAUUAAACUAGUAGUCACCCAAGAAGACGUAGAGUUGGCAUACCAAGAAGCAAUGAUGAAUAUGGCACGGCUCAACAGGACAGCUGCAGGACUCAUGCACACGUUCAAUGCCCACGCAGCCACUGACAUCACGGGCUUCGGGAUCUUGGGCCACGCACAGAAUCUGGCCAAGCAACAGAGGAAUGAGGUGUCGUUUGUGAUUCACAACCUCCCUGUACUGGCCAAGAUGGCUGCCGUGAGCAAAGCCUGUGGGAACAUGUUCGGUCUCAUGCAUGGGACCUGCCCGGAGACGUCAGGAGGCCUUCUAAUCUGUUUACCACGUGAGCAAGCAGCUCGGUUCUGUGCAGAGAUAAAGUCCCCCAAGUAUGGCGAAGGUCACCAAGCAUGGAUUAUUGGGAUUGUAGAGAAGGGCAACCGUACCGCCAGAAUCAUAGACAAGCCCCGGAUCAUCGAAGUUGCACCACAAGUGGCCACUCAAAAUGUGAAUCCCACACCUGGUGCCACCUCCUAAUGUAGAGAAAUAGCUAUUUGGUUUUGUUUUUAAAUAGAUCUAUUUCCUUUAUCAUCACUUCAAUUAAAGACUGUAAGCAACAAGAAAAAUCUCAUUGUGUCUACACAUCUGGUGACCUUAGGUCAAUUUGUGAGUGGAUACAAUUAAUAAAAUGAAAUCCAUGGC